UGUCACUGUCUAGCACAGCACUGUUUGGAGAACAAUGAAAUUGCUUUCAUCUAAGAGAGUUCUAAUUUAAUAAUAAUGGCAGUGUCUGGCUGUCAGAGUGGUCUGCUAAUGCCACAGAGUCUGCUUCCGGACAGGAAUUGCCCACUGAUAUUAUCAGUCGUUGUAAACUGUCUUGGCUGGGAAGUCAAUCAUUAACUCUGGUCCCCAUGUCAUAAAAACAUCAUAUUGUAAGAUCAUGACUCGCUUAAGGCUCUCACUAAUCAAUCAGGCAUAUAACAGGAAUACAGCAACACAUAAAAGGAGCCAGAGGCUCGGGAAAUCCUUCAGCUAAGCGGAGACAAGCUGCACCGAGGUUUAUCUCCAUGGAGAAAUCCACUGACAAGCCAAACAAGGAAAACGGACUGUCAGCUCCUGGAGUACUGCAGGCUGAAGCAGACAGUGCAGCGCCCGUGGCAGGAGGUGCUGCAGAAAUGAGCAGAGCAGGAUCUGUAACACAAAACUCAGAACGUGAGAAAAGAGUGGGAUUCACUGAAGAGUGUACUGAAGAAAUGGAGAGGCCUUCAGGAACAGAGAGAGACAGUCUUGCUGCCUUUAAACCAGCAGUUUUGGAACGAGACUCUCCAAACUCAAGGCCACUUGCUGUGCUAACGGACACAAACUCUCCCAAAACGAGCACGUUGGAACUGAACCAUCAGUGCUCAGACACAGCUACCCUGGAUAUGGACUGCAUGAUCUGCUUCAACAAGUACAGCAUCUACAGAGUCCCAAAGCUCCUGGACUGCCAGCACACCUUCUGUGCCGUCUGCCUCAAGCUGAUCCUCAGGAAAGAGGAGAACACCUGGACAAUCACCUGCCCUCUUUGCAGAAAACCCACCUUUGUGUCAGGAGGGCUCAUCCGCACACUCCAGAAUAAAGAAGACAUCCUGGAGCGCUUGGAGAACCUUGAUUCAAACCCUGAGGUGUACAUCUGUGCCAUGGGGCUGGACGGCAACAACUGGACUCAGAGCGGCCAGGACAUUUUGAACACAGAGGAAAACAGCCCAGCACACAGCAGCCUGGCUGUGCAGAGACUCCUGCUGCUUGGGGUGAUCCUCGCCAUGCUCAUCCUCCCCUUUAUGUACUCAGGGAGGGUGAAAUGGGUCAUUUGUCUCCUGCUUACUUUGGGGUUGCUCAUGUCUAUAGUGCUUUGCUGCACUCCUAAAUUCCACUGCAGGUGCAAGAAGGACUCCCCUGCCUCCUGUGACAAGGAGAUCCACGUUGUUACUGUUGCUUGAAACAGUUAACCUGCCUGUCCCAGAGCUCAGGGACUGGGCCAACCUGCACACUGGGCACACCAGUGAAUUUUGGACUUAAAAACAAUCUCUCAGAGAAUAAAUUCAACGGUUGGCUGAGCUGGCUCAAUGCCAAUGCACACUGUUGUUAAAUCUCAUUACUGGAAACAAAAUGAACUAUUUAUAUGUUGAUAUUUAUGUGUUUUCACUUUUUUUUUUUUUAAAGUAACUGUGUUGGUUUGCUUUUGCCAUUUUGUUCAUGUCUUUGUCCCCUCCUGAUCAGCCCUGCAGGAUGUUAUCUGGAACACCUGGGAGGUGAUGUCCUGCAAAACCCCAGGGUUGCUGUUCCCACUCUGAACACAUGGACACCUUUCCUUGGGACACUGUGGGAAAUAAGGCUGCUGAAUCAGGGAGUGGGUGUUUGGAAGAGAGUUGUUUUAACCCAAAUUAUCAUCUUAAUCCCUGGCAGCGAUGGGAAAAGGGGAUGUCAGUUGAUGCUAUUUGAAGUUACACACAAAAGUGGAGAGGAAGAGGUAAAAUCAACACUCCUGAUCUUGAGUUUGUGGUUUGCAAAGGGCAAGGCUCAAAAACCUCAUGACCCUCCAAAUUCCCCACAUUAUUUAGCACAGAAAUAGUUCCUCUCACCUGAAUUCCUUUAUCUGGCAACCUGCAGGACCUCUCUUCUUCACCCCUUUUACACUGCCCUUGAAGAUGCUCACAAUGGUAAACAGAAAUCCAUUGACUGCUGCGCCACACCACAUGUGAUAUUUUUAAAUGGAAUGUCUCCAUUAAAUUCAAAUAAUAUGAACUGCUCAUUGACUUCUUUGUUUCAAUUCCUCAUGGACAAUUAAUGUCAAAACAAUUCCUAGUUUCCUUAUUGACAGGAAUUGCAGCUGAGAAAGUGUA